CCUAGAAGCAGAAGGGUCUUUCAGAUUUUGGUGCGUAGCUUGUUCUUGUUGCCUGGCCUGUGACUGGCGAUGUAUAUAAUUCCCCGUUUUCGGUGCGGAGCAGCAGCAGUACAGCGUGUGUCAUUCCUUAGCACCGGCUUUCUUCUUACCGGUAUUUCAAGUACGGAUGAGAGGGAUGAUGCCCCACUCGGAAGUUCAGCUUUCCCUGCGUUUAUCCUCGGGCUCCGUUUGACUUGAUCUAGUACGGAUUAAUCGCCUCGGCUCACCAAGUUGACCGCGUAUAGCGUCCGCACGCGAUUAUGAUGAUGUUGACGAUGAGGCUGAUAACGGCGAGUCCAAAGCAGAUCUUCCUACUACUACUACGGCUACACGUAGUAGCCGUCCUCGUACCGUGCCUGCUGACGCUGUUAUUCGCGGCUCCGGUGGCCGCUCAGGGCGAUGUCGGUGCGACGUGCAACCCGUCGUCUUUGCCGGGAUACCAAUACUCCGUCAAAUUGACCGAUCGCGGUCUCGUCCUCCACUGGAAGGUCGUCAACUCAACGACUGUCAACCUCGCCGCUCAAGCGCUUGCCGGGCCGGUUGCAGCCGGCUGGUUCGCCGUCGGGUGGUCGGGGUCGUCCGGCAGGAUGGUGCCGGGAGAGGCGGUGAUCGGCAAUCUGCCGGGCGGGGUGAUGCAAGCUUAUUACCUGGGAGACUACGCCUUGGAUUCGGUGGUCCCCACCACUCAAUUCAGCAUCGGGAGCGAUGCGAUGUUGACCACGAAUGCUGACAACUCGCUCGUAAUGAAGUUCGCGCGGUCGAUCAGCGACGGCAAGGUGAAGGUGGUGGUGCAAGGCGUCAACUCCAUGAUCUGGGCUUUCUCCGAUGGCUCUCAGACCCUCGCCCAGCAUCCCCCAACCAACAUGGGAUCCCUGCCACUGGACUACAGCUGCCCCUCUUCCAGCGGCAGCACCAGCAGCAGUGGCAGCAGCAGUGGCAGCAGCAGCGGCGGCAGCAGCAGCGGUAGCAGCAGCAGCAGCAGCGGGUCGUCCUCUCAGGAUAAGGGCUCUGCCUGCCAGCCGUCCUCCCUGCGGGGCUACACGUGCUCCCUGCAGCUCAGCCGGGCUGCCUACAUUCUCCACUGGGUAGUGAAUAAAGGCAGCUCUGUGAGCAUGGCAGCGCAGGUGGCCACCACGGGGUACAUCGGAGUGGGCUUCUCAAAGGACGGCAAGAUGAUCAACUCAGACGCAGCCAUUGGGAACUUGCCACCUGGCACGCUGGCCAACGGGGCGGCGGUGGGGCCGUAUUUCUUGGGUGGGUAUGACGUGGGGUCAGUGCAGCCGACUGGCACGUGGAGCGUUACGGAUACUUCCGUUACGACUGCAAAUGGAUACACUAUAAUAAAGUUCACUCGCAGCAUGGGCACGGGCAAUGUGCCCAUCGAUGCAUCAGGCCCCACCACCAUCAUCUGGGCCUACUCGCCCGAUGGCUCCACGACUCUCGCUUACCACGGCAGCAACUACGGGUCAGCCUCAAUAGACUUUGUCAAGGGCACAUCAGCCGCCGGCCAUGGCAGCAGCACAGCGGCGUACAUCGCCCACGGGGUCCUCCUCGCCCUCGCCUUCGCCCUGCUCAUGCCCCUCGCCAUCCUCCUUGCCCGCCUCCUCCUCGCCGACCGCCCCCAUGGGGCCCUCCUCAACCUCAACCACCCCGCAUCCAUCCCCACCGAUGCCAAUGCGUACACCAAUGGAAAUGGGCGCGCCUCUUCAGCCCAGCAGUAUGGGAAGAAUCUCCGGCCGCUGGGGUUUCAGCUGCACCGGGGGAUUCAUGUGGCUGCGCUCCUGCUGGCGGUGGCAGGAAUGAUUGUGAUCUUCGUGCAGGCGGGCUCCAAGGGGCUCAGCUGGACGCAUGGGCAGGUGGGGCUGGCGGCGGUGAUUCUCGCGCUGCUGCAGGGCAUGGUGGGGUUCAUAAGGCCGGACAAGACCGCGCCGAGCCGCUUCAAGUGGCUCGUGGCGCACUGGGUGAUCGGAGCCACCACGAUUGCGCUCGCAUGGGCAGCGAUUUUUCUCGGCAUUGACCUGUACCACACCAAGUUCAUGGAAAACGUUACGUGGUGCUACUGGGUUUCAGGUGUGUGUGUCGGCGUUUUUGGGUUCGGGUACCUCGUCUUGGUCAUCCCGGACAGCAUCCUUUCGUUAACGGCGCCCAAGGAUCACAGCAAUGCCGGAAAGUGCACAGCCGCAGGUGUAUAAGGCUCUGGGCUUGUGGAUUUGGAUGUGCUUAGGUAGAUCUCCUAAGAGAAGAGAUUUCACUAGAAGCACGUAAUUUCCAAUAACGAAGUGGAGAACAAGGUUAUGUCUGCUUUCUAUUUGGUAGAAGUGCACAGAAGACGAACACUGGACGGGAGAAAUGCUGGGUGCUUGCUUCUCAUGAGCACAAGGUUCGUCUUCUGUAACUUGUGAUUUUAAUCUUACAUGGUGCUUUUGG